AUGUCGUGGCGUAACCAAGGAAUCACAGGAUCUAACAACAUCCCGCUUGGCAGUCGCCGCAGGUUUGGCGGCGAUGAAGACAACAAAAGCGAGGACUCCGCUUCAGUGUCAACCCCAGAUGCUGGAUUCAAACGUGGACGGAGUCCUGUACGAGCUGAACCCCCUGUUGACGGGGUUAAGAAGCGCAAGAAGCGCAACCGAUGGGGGGAUGCAGAGGAAAACAAAGCCGCUGGCCUCAUGGGCCUGCCAACCUUGAUCAUGGCGAACAUGACGAAUGAGCAGCUUGAGGCAUAUACUCUUCACCUCCGCAUCGAGGAAAUCAGCCAGAAACUUAGAAUUAAUGACGUUGUCCCCGCGGACGGAGACAGGUCCCCUUCUCCCGCUCCGCAAUACGAUAACUUCGGUAGGCGUGUGAAUACCAGGGAGUACCGCUACCGGAAACGCCUGGAAGACGAACGCCAUAAGCUUAUAGAGAAGGCCGUGAAGGUCAUCCCUAACUAUCAUCCUCCGUCGGACUACAGACGUCCGACUAAAACACAGGAGAAAGUCUAUGUGCCCGUGAACGACUAUCCAGAGAUUAACUUCAUUGGCUUACUUAUCGGACCUCGUGGCAACACCCUCAAGAAAAUGGAAACAGAGUCUGGUGCAAAAAUUGCCAUUCGGGGCAAAGGCUCCGUCAAAGAGGGCAAAGGUCGAUCUGACGCGGCUCACACUAGUAACCAGGAAGAAGAUCUUCACUGUCUAAUCAUGGCAGAUACCGAAGAAAAGGUUAACAAAGCGAAGAAGUUGAUUCACAAUGUUAUCGAAACUGCUGCGUCGAUUCCCGAAGGCCAAAAUGAGCUCAAACGAAACCAGUUGCGAGAGCUGGCGGCCCUUAACGGAACGCUCAGAGAUGACGAGAACCAAGCUUGCCAAAACUGCGGUCAAAUUGGUCAUCGUAAAUACGAUUGUCCCGAGCAACGUAACUUCACCGCUAGCAUUAUUUGUCGCGUUUGUGGAAAUGCUGGACACAUGGCCAAGGAUUGUCCGGAUCGCCAGAGAGGAACUGAUUGGCGCAAUCAUGGUCCUCCCGUGCGUCGUGGUGGUGGCGAUGCUGUUGACCGUGAGAUGGAGCAACUCAUGCAAGAACUUGGAGGCGCACCGCCAAGCGAUGAUAGCAAACCUCAGCGUCGCAUCGAGGCUGGUCGUGGGAGCUAUGAACAAAAUGACAAUUAUCCUGCAGGCGAUCGUCCAUUGAAACCAUGGGAGCGGGGUCCGACCGGUGGACCUGCCCCUUGGCAACGACCAAGGGAGGACCGGCCACCUCGUGAUGAUUAUCCUCGCGAGCAAGGAGCACCGCCCCCCUGGGCAGCCCGUAACGAUCGUGGUGAUCAUGGUGGCGACCGUGGUGGCCGAGAAAGUCGAGGGGGGAAUGGCUAUGGAUAUGGAUCUCACGGCAGCAGUGGGUAUAACGGAGCCGGUGGACCUGAUGGACACACCGCAUCGGGCGGGCCACCUCCCUGGCAGCAACAGCAGCAGCAACAUCACCACGCACCGGCUCCAGUUCCACCCCCUGUUCCAGCAGCUUCGACAGGACAUGCAGCCUACGGGUACCCUGGUUAUUCGGCCUUCCCGCCCCAUCAGAAUAUGGGGGCCCCUCCCGGUCUCAAUGCAGUGCCACCUCCACCUCCUCCAGGGAUGGGAGCCAUGUUCCCUGGGUAUGGUGCCGGAAGUCCACCCCCACCUCCCCCUCCAGCUGAUGGACCUCCACCACCUCCUCCGAGUGACUUGCCACCCCCUCCCCCUCCAGCUUAAAUUUGUCCUCCAUCAAACCGAACCAGAAAUAUUUUAUCAACACACUUUACUGCUACUGACACCAAGGAAAAGAGAAUGCUUACUUACUCACCUGAGUCCUAAUUAACGUUUUUUAUAGGCUUCCUUUGACCAAAAAUUGUUCUUAGUCAACGUUAACCUCCAAUUCAGAAAUACAGGCAGGUAAUAUGUACUAUGUGGACUGACAGCAGGGAAGGAGAGAAGUAAAAUUAAAAAUAAGAAAAGGGAAUAUUUGGACGCAAGGAGAAGCUUAAGAGGCGUAUUUUAUAUAUCAAAAUAACUAGGACCUUCGCUUUCUGUUUUUCAAACUAAUAUUUUGUGGACUAAUAAUUGACAUUUUGCAUAGGUUUUUAGCUACCUUUUUACUGAUACAUGGUGUCAAUCACUGUACAUACUAGUACAUGUGCGGUAAUCUUGUAUAUAUAUUAGUAUUAUUGAUUCCUCGCCUGCCUUGCACACCAAGGCAGUGAGUGUAUGUAUGUACAGUACUUUACAUGUACAUAUGUUGAUCUGAUGCGCUGAGAUGGAACAGUGUGGUAGGGCAAUGAAGCCGUUCUGUCUCCUC